AUUAAUGUAGUAUCGCGUCUACGACUAGAAAGCCCACCCUACAAAUACGACUCGCGCGAUAACUAACAGUAUCGACUCAGCCAUAAUUCACUUUCAAACAGCUUCUACCUCCGACGCGAUCGUCGCAGUAUAAAUCACGGCUUCCCUUCCUCUGACAGCCAAGGGAAUGGCAUGUGACUCGAAGGUCCGUCACGUGCUCUGCUUACCUUACCUGUUUAUCUUCGGUAUAAAGCGUCUCUUUAUUUCGUCCUCGAGUUGCUUUUUCUGUAUGGGGAGACGAGUCAGCUCAGUCUUCAAAACUUCAGUGCACAGUAUCGAUGGUUGGAGUUUGUUGGAUUAUGACAAUCACCUAGUUACAGCAAUCACUGUUGGUAGCAAACAGGGCUUUCAUGUACAUAAUGUUCGCGUCCUACCAAUGUUCAGAUGCUACGGCCUGCAAACCAACAGAGUUGGGCGUAUCUGGUGAGGUGUCCGAAAUGGUGAACCUCGUUUUUUAAUCCUGUCUGAGCGUUUGUGAGAUCGUUUGAAAACGGCACGGACUAGUCCCGUCAGACCCAAUGAUGAAUUCU